AGAAGAGGGAGAGAAAGACGGAAUUGGGAAAAAGAGAGCGAGGAAGAAAGGUGUGUCUUGGCAUCGACCAAGCACGUAGCUUUUUGCAGAGUUGUCUUUAUCGCUGUUUAAAAAUAAUUAACUUCUGAUUUUUUUAAUUUUGAAAAAUGUCAACCCUUUGAACGUGGCUUACAGCAUCAACACAAACUCAGCCCACUCGUACAAUUCUUUUAUUCGUGAUUUUCACACCAAAAAAGCGCGUCUGGCAUUGACAAAUGAGGACUCCAGUCUGUAGUUUAGGGUAAACAAUUGAAAGAGGUCAACAUCAUAUCAGAAAAUCUUCUUCGAUUCUUUAUUCCAUUAAGAAUAAAAAAAAGAAAGCGCAAAAAUGUCUGCUUGUUUUUGGGUAUUCACAACCCUCUACUUAUACACAUCAAAUGCUUCUCCGAUCACCGGUAUUUCCAGUUCAAAAACCAUCGAGAGCCUCGCUACAAAUCAACAACUCUAUGAUGGGGAAACCUUAGUUUCUCCAGAUCAGCGAUUUGAAUUAGGUUUUUUCUGCCCUUCAAAUCCAUGCAAAGAUGUAAAAUUCUUGGGAAUUUGGUACAAAAACAUAGCACCGACUACUGUUGUUUGGGUAGCCAAUCGGAAAAGGCCAAUUCGAAGAACAUCUUCAGGUGUACAUUUGAUGCUAGACGAUUAUGGGGUUUUUGUUAUUCAAGAUGGUAGUAAGCGAGUCAUCUGGAGGAGCCCUCCCAAGAAUUACUCUCCAUCUGUGGGUCGAAAACCAGUUUUGCAGCUUCUGCAAUCUGGAAAUCUUGUGGUUAGAGAUUGUGAUAUUAAUCUUUCAUGUGGUGGAUACAUCUGGGAAAGCUUUAAUCAUCCAAGUGAUACAUUAUUACCAGGAAUGGAGCUCAGUCUGGAUUAUGGAUCUAGGCUUAGAUAUCGUGCAAUCACUUCAUGGAGAAAGAAAGAUGAUCCAUCUGAUGGCGAUUUUAAGUUUGGGUUCGACAGAUCAGUUCAAGCUCCCCAAUUGGUGCUCACGAAAGAGAAUGGGGUUCGACUCUCAAGAUGGGGUCCAUGGGAUGGCCAAAAGUUCAGUGGUAUGAACUCGUUAAUGGAUAAUCCAAUUUUGUCACCCACAUUGAGGUUUGAUAAUGACCAAGUUUCUUUGAAAUUUGAGGCAUUAAACCGGUCGAUCUUAUUGAGGUUGGUGUUAAGUCCACUAGGGAGUCUGCAGUUCUUGUGGUGGAAGAGUAAAAACGAAGGUUGGAUAACAAUUCUGACUCUAAAUAAAGAUAACUGUGAUCGAAUUGGAUCAUGUGGACCUUAUGGUAUAUGUUAUAGUGAUGAUCCAAGUUGUAGAUGCUUGGAAGAAGGAUUCAUGGCGAUUUCGUCAGUGGAUUGGUGUGGAUUUGAGUGCUCAAGUGGAUGCAAGAGAAAAAAUGAUCUGAAUUGCACUGCAGGAGAUGGGUUUCUGAAGUAUGAACAAAUGAAGCUGCCUGAUAAUUCAUCUGUUUGGGGUGCUUUAAGCAUCAAUGAAUGUGAAAAUAAGUGUGCAAAGGAAUGCAGUUGUAUGGCAUACACUAGCUUGAACAUGUAUGGAAAUGGGAGUAUUAUUUGUGUGGUUUGGCUUAAUGAUCUUAUUGAUCUGCGAACAGUUCAUGGAGGUGGAAACGAUAUUUACAUACGCAUGUCACACAUCGAGCUAGAUUCCAUCAUCCACAAGACGAAGAGGAAGAAAGUAAUAUGGGUUGCCUCUAUUGUUCUCUUGUCAACAAUUAUUACUUGUGCACUUCUACUUAUUAUCAUAGUUCGAUAUUUUACUAUGCUAAAAAGAUCAAAGACAAGAGCAUUGGAACAGGAACAAAGUCCAUUGACAGAAUUUGGAGGAUCUCAAGAGGAAGAUUCAGAUUGUCGUGUCUUUGAAUUGGAUGAAAUUGCCACUGCAACUAAUAACUUCUGUACCUCUAAUGAGAUUGGCUCAGGAGGUUUUGGAAGGGUCUAUAAGGGUGAAUUACCAAGAGGAGAAGAAGUAGCUGUGAAGAGACUAGCCGAGAGUUCUUGGCAAGGCAUUCGGGAAUUCAAGAAUGAAGUUACUUUAAUAGCAAAGCUUCAACAUCGGAAUCUUGUGAAGCUCUUGGGAUAUUGCAUUGAAGGAAAUGAAAGAAUACUAGUAUAUGAAUACCUGUCAAACCACAGCCUAGAUCAUAUCAUUUUUGAUCAAUUCAAGAAAAGACUCCUGAUGUGGGACAAUCGUUUCAAGAUUAUCAAGGGAGUAGCAAAAGGACUUUUAUAUCUCCAUGAUGAUUCUAGGCUAAGAGUAAUUCACCGUGAUCUAAAAGCAAGUAAUAUUCUGCUUGAUAGUGAAAUGAACCCCAAGAUUUCUGACUUUGGAUUGGCAAGAAUUCUUGCAAGUGAGAAAGGGGAAACGACAAACCGAGUAAUUGGAACACAUGGUUAUAUGUCUCCAGAAUACAUAAUGAAUGGCCAUUUUUCUACCAAGUCUGAUGUUUACAGCUUUGGUGUUUUGGCGUUGGAGAUAAUAAGUGGGAAAAAGAAUUGGGGAUUUCAGCAUCCUGACCAUAACUUGAACCUGUUAGGUCAUGCAUGGAAGUUGUGGACUGAAGGAAGGUCCUCAGAACUGAUGGAACCUGUAUUAGGUGACUCAAUCAUUCAGGAAGAUGAGAUUGUAAAGUGUAUACAUAUUGGAUUGUUAUGUGUCCAAAAACAGCCUGAAGAUCGGCUUACAAUGUCUGAAGUGGUCAACAUACUACAAGGUGAACAUUGUAUUAAUGUGCGCCAACCAGAUGAACCUGGUUUUUUUGCAGGAAGGUCUAUGAUGGGACUAGGUUUUUCUACAACUGCAGAAAGAAAUCUUGAAAGUGUAAAUGAGGUAACGAUGACAACUAUAAGUGGAAGAUAGUUGAGUUCUGAAGAACAAAAAUGUAUGUAUAUCCUUUUAGAUGAGUGGGAUACAUGGAUACAUAUAUGUAGAGAGUAGAUACUUUGCAGAUCUAUAAAAGCAUGCAUACAGCGAUCGAUAUAUGCAUUCCUGAAUUUAAAAAACUGGAAUGGAAUGCAGAUAUCGAUCAUCUUCACUUGUUGUUUAUCAUGUAUACAAAUGUUGACAACUUUUCAGUUUGUGCAUGUUAUUGAAAGUAAUCUGAAAAAAUCAGCUUUGUUACAUUAGCGCAUAUCUCCUUUCUCAGCUAAGGACCGAACAAGAGAUUGUAAAAAUAGGUAAUAGUUCCCCUUUCGUUGCACCUUGUUGUUGCACAAGGCUUUUCCUAUCAUUAUCAUUAGGCUGUUAAUGUGAUUCUUCAUUGAUUUUAUGUUAUUAGCAAUAGCAAGGAAAUAUCUUAAGUUUCCAUCUACUAU